UGAUGGGUGAGUGGAUGUGUCUUUGGGUCAGCUGUCAGUCGCUGUGGUUUGAGAGUUCUGCUUAUGUUGUUGAAGAAGUGACUCUGGCUGUGGCUUUCUGGUAAGAAGACACGUCCCGAGCUGCCUGCUAAAUCAACACGAUGGAUCCUCCCUGCCCGCUGUCGGCCAGAUUUGAAGGAUCAUUCGCCUACGUAACAGUCAAAGACAGACUGCCUCAAAUCCUAACCAAGGUGAUCGAUACAGUCCAUCGAAACAAACACAAGUUCUUAGAAGAAUAUGGAGAGGAUGGUAUUGAGGCAGAAAAGAGAGUGAUUGCCUUCUUUUCCAAGCUACGUAACGAGAUACAGACAGACAAACCAAUACUUCCCCUCGCUGACGACCAACCUGAUGUGCAAAUCUGGAACGACUACCUACACUACCAGAAAUCAUUAAUGGACGACGGAGGAGAGCCCAGCUGGUUCAAGUCCCCCUGGCUGUAUGUGGAAUGUUACCUUUACCGGAGGAUUCAUGAAGGUAUUGUCCUAAGCCCUCCUAUUUCUGAGUUUGAUGUGUUCAGGGAGGUGAAGAACGAUAGCUUCUUCCAGUCCCAAGGAGCUGUCAUAGCGCUCUGCACGUAUCUUCAGGAACGCAAAAAGAACAUCGCAAAUCUCAGUGAAAACGAGUGCCGGGAAGAGUUCUCUAAACUUCUGCAGGUCUCUCUAUGGGGUAACAAGUGUGAUCUUUCCAUAUCUGGCGGUCAGGACAACUCCCAGAAAUCCAGCAUCUUAAACUCCCUGGAAGCGUUCAAGCCGAACAUCCUAGUUGAUAACACCGAGUCUCUCUGGGAAAUCCUCUCCCGGAAUAAAGGCCAGAGCAACGGUGAAGCUUCAACAAGAGUUGACGUGGUAUUAGAUAACGCCGGAUUCGAGUUAGUUACUGACUUUGUCUUGGCGGACGUUUUGUUGUCUUUGAAGCUGGCAACUGAAAUUCACUUUCACGUAAAGAGCAUCCCUUGGUACGUCUCAGAUACCACCAAACACGAUUUUGACUGGACAAUCAAGCAACUCUUAGGAGCCAACAACAGGUGGAUGUCCAAGUGUGGAGCGCAAUGGAAGGAAAACGUCCAAAAAGGCCGCUGGGUCUACCACGAGCACCUGUUUUGGACUUUACCGCACGAGUUUUUCCGCAUGGCCCAGACUGCCCCCGAUUUGUACUCCGAACUGCAGAAAUCUAGCUUGGUUUUAUUUAAGGGGGAUCUAAACUAUAGGAAAUUAACCGCGGAUCGUAAAUGGGACCACACUGUACCUUUCUCAGAAGCCCUCACCACAUUUCACCCCGCACCGCUGUGUAGCGUGAGGACCCUCAAAGCAGACGUGCAGGUGGGUCUAACGCCAGGCUUAGGCGCGAAGCUGGCAGAGUCUGAGCCGGACUGGAUGGUCUCUGGGAAAUACGGGGUAAUCCAGUUUAGCGCUCCGGUCUGAACCGAUUAGGGCACAUCUGAAUUUCGGCGACAUACAGAAUGCUUUAAUUGAAAGUUUAUUUUUAUAGAUUGUUUAACUGGGUGCCAUUACAUGCUUCCUCAUAUUCACAGCAUGAUAAAAAAGUGUAAUUCUAUGUCUGUCUGGGUGCGUGUUUCUUUAUAUACAAAAACAACCAUUAUUGAGCAUGGCGGGCAUUACCAUUUAGAGAAUGUGCUGAACCCGUCGAUUCACCCACAAGGUCGAUAAUAAAUGUUAACAGGUUCUUCGCGAACUCUAGAGACUGCUAAACAAUUAAUAGACAACCUCAAGAAAGAGGAGCAUUGCAUUAUUUUUCAUGUUUUUUUUAAAAUGAAUUAAUAUUAACGGGAUGUUCUUCCAAGGCUAUAUGGCCAUCCUUUACCUCUCUGGGCAAUAUCUGUAAUAAUAAUAAAGUUUUUGAGGCUAUUCCAUGAAUAAAGAUAGAUUUAUGGUUGAUUUAUUGUGGACAA